AUAUUCGUUUGACAAUAUAAUUGAAUUUAACAAUACAAGGUGCAUGUUUAGUUUUCAUUGUGAAUCUUUAAAGGGAACUUAACACGCCAUGGCUGAUGAGGAAUAUGAAGCUGAUGACGCGGGGGCAGACUACGAUGAUAUCGCCGAAGAAGAUGACAACAUCGAAGAAACCGAAGAGCAAGAGGAGGAGGGCUACAACGUGCAGUGUCUAGCUCCCGGCCAGGCUGGAGGGGGAGUCGAGAAAUCUAAAAGAAUUACCACCCGAUAUAUGACAAAAUACGAACGAGCUAGAGUCUUAGGUACUAGAGCACUUCAAAUAGCCAUGUGUGCCCCUGUGAUGGUGGAGCUGGAAGGUGAAACCGACCCCCUGCAGAUAGCCAUGAAGGAACUCAAGCAACGGAAAAUACCCAUUAUCAUCCGAAGAUACCUCCCUGACCAUUCCUAUGAAGACUGGAGCAUUGACGAACUGAUCAUCAUUGAUCAUUAGCUCAUGCAAUAUUUAUCAUGACUUUUGA